CUGCUGGGGCUGCUGAGCGCGAAAGGGACCCAGCGGGGGCGGCGGCGGCGGCGGCGGCGUUUUGUGGGAGCCGCGCGGCGGGGGAGGCCUGCCGGGCCUGGGCUGCCCUGCCGCCGCGGGGCCGGUCUCCGGCGGGCGGGGAGGCGCCCGACUGCCCCACCUUCCCCUCGGCGCUUCACAGUAAAAUGGGAAUAAUUCAUCACAAACUGCUGGUGCUGCAAGGGUUAAUUACUUAAUGUUAAUAAAGGGAUUGGAAGAUUAAAAAGGCCCUACAACUUUACAUGUGAUACCAUCAAAAAUGAGGCUGAGAACACGGAAAGCUUCUCAGCAGUCAAAUCAAAAUCAUACACAGCGUGCAUUGAGAGUAAAGAGGAAAUACUCAGACGUGGAGGAGAACAUAACCGUUGGUGGAGGAAAACUUCAGAAAAAUGAAACCGGUUUACUAUCUUCAAUUAAGAAGUUCAUUAAAGGAAGUACCCCAAAGGAUGAACGAGAACACCCUGCAAAGAGAAGUAGAAUUGAACGUGACAUAGAGGACAACUUAAUUACAUCCACUCCCCGAACAGGAGAAAAGCCUAAUAAACAGCUUUCUCGAGUUAGGCGGAAAAGUCAAGUGAAUGGAGAAGCUGGGAAUUAUGAAAUGGCAAACCAGCAUGUCCGGCAAAAUGGAAAAUUGGAUGAUAAUCCUACCACCUGCAGCCCCCCAAGGACUACAUUAUUGGGGACCAUAUUUUCUCCUGUCUUCAAUUUUUUCUCACCAGCAAAUAAAAAUGGAACAGCAGGCUCGGAUUCUCCCGGCCAAGCUGUGGAGGCUGAAGAAAUUGUGAAGCAGCUCGAUAUGGAGCAGGUGGAUGAGAUCAUUACCAGCACUGCCGUCUCAGCCAACGGAGGAGCGCCCUACGCCAGCCAGGCAGCCCAGGUCCGAACGACCAUCAACACCGUCUUGGAGGAAGUGGAGGAUGUGGCUGACUGUGAUCUGCCUCCACUGACUGCACCGGUCUCUCCAGACAGUGGUUAUUCAUCAGCCCAUGCAGAAGCCACCUAUGAAGAAGACUGGGAAGUCUUUGAUCCGUACUACUUCAUCAAGCAUGUUCCACCGCUAACAGAAGAACAACUUAAUCGGAAACCUGCUCUUCCAUUGAAAACCAGAAGUACGCCAGAAUUCUCGUUAGUUCUAGACUUGGAUGAAACAUUAGUCCACUGUAGUCUAAAUGAACUGGAGGAUGCUGCACUCACGUUUCCAGUCCUUUUCCAGGAUGUCAUUUACCAGGUUUAUGUGCGGUUAAGACCAUUUUUCAGAGAAUUCUUGGAAUGUAUGUCCCAAAUUUAUGAGAUCAUUCUUUUUACUGCUUCUAAAAAGGUCUAUGCAGACAAAUUGCUGAAUAUAUUAGACCCUAAAAAGCAACUGGUCAGGCAUCGACUUUUCCGUGAACAUUGUGUUUGUGUGCAAGGGAACUACAUAAAAGAUUUAAAUAUCCUUGGUAGAGAUCUCUCAAAAACGAUCAUCAUCGACAAUUCACCACAAGCCUUUGCCUACCAGCUUUCAAAUGGAAUUCCUAUAGAAAGCUGGUUCAUGGAUAAAAAUGACAAUGAACUUCUAAAGUUGAUUCCUUUUCUGGAAAAACUUGUAGAACUGAAUGAAGAUGUUCGACCUCACAUCCGAGACAGAUUUCGCUUGCAUGACUUGCUACCCCCUGAUUAAACUCAAUCUUUGGUCAAAGAGCUGAAGGGAAAGAAAAUGCAGGAUCUUUUUUCUUUUUGGACUAGAACAAAAACAUUGCCAUUACUGUUGAAAUUUUUGCAUUUUUGUACCCUUUCUCGCUUUUCUUAUCUCUGGUGCCCAACAGUAAUAAAAGGGUUACAGAAGAACUUUCUAUAUCGCCAAAUGGAAAGACGUGCAGUAUAGUAGGUAGGCUAGAACAGAAGAGUCUUUAGAUCUAGUGCAACUCCCAUAAUUUUUAAUGUACAGAACAACACCUGCCGUUUUUAGAGAAUUCUGUUUCUGCCACCAGCAGUUUAUCCUAUAAAAAUACAGGAUUUAUGAAAUCACAGAGAUUGAAAAUGGACUCUUGUUUUCUCUCUGUUUGGUGCUCUCUAAGUGGGUUUGUAGCCACUUUGUGUUACUUUUAAAAUUCUCAUUUCAACAGGAAUGGCCAGUAAUUUUUUUCCUGUUAAGGUUUAUAACCUUUUUACGUUUUUGAUCUGUAUUCAAUUUUAGAAUUUCAUUAUGCAUUCCUUUUAGUUGAGGUGACUUCAUAUUUUUCUGGGAAUAGCCAAGUUUUAUUCAUUUUUAUUAUUAGAUUGAAUGGCCAUUUUCCUGCUUUGUCUGCCUGCAUACUGUAUAUUUGUUUUUAAAAAUCAUCUAGUUUUAUUCUGUGUAUGAUCGAAUGAAAAUAUAUACAUAUAUAUAUAUAUAUAUAUAUAUAUAUAUAUAUAUAUAUAUAUAUAUAUAUAUAUAUUCAUUCAUAUUCAUUCUCUAAUAUUCUACUGUAGUGGAAAUCUUUUUUUAAAAAAAAUCAAGAGACUGGCUAGAUAAGAAAUAUAAAAAUUACUAAUAUGCAGAAUAUUUAAACCAUCGUGAUGGCAUGUACUUGUGAACAGAUGACUUCUUGUGUGCUGUACAGCUGAGAGAGCGAGCGAGCGAGAGCGGUGCCUCAGUCUCCUGCCCGUAGGAGUCCUUGAGGAUUUGUUUGGUGUAAUGCAGCUCAGUUCCUGCCGCACCAGGAUCUCCACAAAUGAGAAUAGGAAGAGCAGUCAAGCCUUGCGUGGGUUGGCCCUCUAUCCUGCAGGUAGCGCCAGUCAGUUUGAAACUUUGGUGUGGCUUCGUCUGUGCGCUACCGUCACCCUGCCUGCUCUUGUGGUCCUGGACACUCCUUUGCUGCCAGCGCAGCUGAUAUGCUAUCAUAGUGGUUUUCUAUAUUAUUAUAUGGAAAUAGUUUUCAAGCCUUGGUUCUCUAAUGCAGGUUACACAAGAGGCUGAUAUUUUUUUAAUGGCGCGUACUCUCCUUUUUUGGAGGCUUUUUAUGGAAGGGAAAAAUUUGUAGAAGUUAGUAAGCUUUGCCUCGAAACCGCAUAGACAGGCCACAGGCUUGGGCUGUUUUUAUGUAAAGGAUGCUGCAGAAUGGCACUUUUUCUAAAGAGAAGUUUGAUAUUUUGUAUGCUUGUUAAAGAAAGAACAGUAUUGGAAAUUAAAGGUGGACAACUGAUAAUUGAGAAGUAUGUCAAUUAAUUUUUUAUGUAUAUUACCUGUUUACUUGUACAAUUUUAUUGUACAAACUACACGCAGCUUCAUUUUUGAAUGAGUCCUUAAAAUAAGGAAAAUCUUUUUAGGAAAACAUUUAAUUUUUGUAUUUUUUUGAUUUUAAAAGGCAUGAAUUAUAUCAACUUUUUCCAAUGUAUUAAUGAAGAUUUUAACUUUUCAUCAGGUUGAGUGUUUUCUUACUAUAUUAUCUGUUAUAUAUGUAGCUAGCACAUGUGUCACUGAACUGUUAAAAAGUUAGCAUGUAGAGCAAGCCUGCUUUAUGGGAAAUCAUUAUUCAUUUAGCACAGAAUUAUGGUGAAUUUUCUGUGAAAAGAGAAAAAAAGGCAUUUGCUAUCCAGAAUGCUGACUUUUUUUUGUAUUUAAAGAAAGGUAUUUUGCUUGCGGGAAAAUGCUACAGAUUCAUUUUAAUGAGAAUCUUUGAAUUGUAUUUAUCUUUAGGGCAUCUGGGCAUCUUUACGCUGUUUUGUCUUAAAUGUCUUUAUUGAAAUAAAAUGUACAUAAUGUUACUAUAAUAUAUAUAAAUAUAUAUAAAUAUAUAUACAUACACACACACACACAUUAUAUAUAAUGUAAGUAAGCGUGUGUAUGUGUGUUUUCCCAGAGGUGAUCCCUGUAACCACUUUUUCCUGUUUUGCUAGUAACAGCUUUAUUGAUCCUUUUGAUUUUGAAAAUGUUAAAUGCUCUCAAAGCUAUGAAGUGGAUUAUCAUCAUUAUGAGCAACGUAGGAGUGUCUUUGACUCAGAUUAUUUUCGAUUUAAGAGAAGGUAACUCUAGUAAUAAUUAGUCCAAGCUGCUCCUCUGUGGCUUCUAACGAUGAUAGCUCACAACUCUUUGCCAGUGGUCUCCAGAAGGUAGCUUGGGCCCAUGGAGAGGCCAAGGGGCUCCUGGUUCGUGUAGAAAGCCACCCCAUUCAUCUUCCCCAGCUUCAAAACACAACUGAAGAGAAGAACUCUCUUCCGAGGAACGGCGGAUGCAGGCCCUGUGGAACUUUGGGGGGGGGGAAGCGAGCGAGUGCGUGGUUUUCUUAUUACGGUAGUUUGCUAUGCUGCAUUCAGAGAUUAUUUUCUGCAAAUCCACUAAUGAGUAAAUUGAACAGCAGUCCUUGCCUUGAACAAUACAACGGACAUUUCUCUGUUAUUUCAAGGGAAUUGUACAGCAUCUUUUUAAGAGUAACUUUUUAAAGCAAAUGUGCGUUUUCAUGAACAAAAUUAAUAAACUCAGCUGCUUUUUGUUAAGGUGGAAUACUGCAAAUAGCAACAGCGAUCCCUGAAGAGAGGAGAAACAAAAGGAACGUGAGGUUUUACAGUCUAAAAUGAUUGGUAAUGUGGGUAACUUAAUCCUGUCCUAUAGGACAACCAAAUCAACUGCUGCAGGCUGCUCUGUAAAUACUUAUUAAACUAUCAUUUUGUAA